GCCCUCAGCUCUCCGGGCUUUGCACCGUGACAAGCCGUGUCUGAAAACGUUAAACGCGCGCAGUAGCUCAGCUCUAUCCUGCCGUUGACGGCGGUUCGCGAAGGAGCGCGUCGAUCCGCAGCGCCUGUGGCGAGCACGAGCCCUCUCGAUCUAGAGGCAAUCAAGGCCUGAUUCACGUCCCGAGCGCGCGACUGUACACAGAAACGCCGUCGCCGACGCCGCGCCCAACACCCCACUCCCGCGCAGGCACAAAACGCGAAAACUCGAGCCGGUCUCCGAGCCCGCUCCGCCGCAACACCGACAGGGUCUCCAGGCCCGCUCCGACGCAACAAGCCAGUCACCCCAGACACAGCAAAGACCAUGGGACAGCAAAUGAGCUACCUCCAGGACCAGGCGAUGGCCGCCGCCGGCUACAAGAAGUCCGGCAAGGACCAGGAGGCGGCUCUCGACAAGGCGCUGAAGAGCGCCGACUAUUUGGCGAGCCGCGGCGCCGACGGCAUCGCGGCGCUCAAGGAUCUGUGCAAGCAGAAGAAGGUCGGCGGGACCACGCUGCCCAAGGGCUGGCAGCAGAAGAUCCCCUUGCAGGGCGCGUGCAUGAACAGCCACAUGAACACGUCGCUCAAGUUUCUGGUGGAAGAAAUCAAGGUCGACUUAGAUGCUCCGGAACCGUUGUCGGGCGACCCGCCCAUCCACACGGCCGUGGCCUGGGGCCGCCCGGAGGUCGUCGCUUACUUACUGGCCAAGGGGGCCAACGCCAACGCCUUAGAUGCCGAAGGAUUGACCCCUCUGCAGGCCGCCAAGCGCCGCCAGGCCCUCCUCGAGUCCGGCGACGCCAAGUACGUCAACCGCUGCGAGGAGCAGGGCAUGGACCUUAAGAGCCUCCGCGAGGGCGGCAAGGCCCUGGUCGCGCUGCUCCAGGGCGUCGCCGACGAGAACGGCUACGGGAACCUCUCGCCCAAGGCCAAGCUGCCGUCCUAUUCCAACUUAUUUGGGAUGGCCUAGAUCCAAGGUUUGUUCGCGGAGGGCGAAACGCGCCUUCGCGUAGAAGAGAAUUCCCUACGCCGGCGGUCUAAGCAUACGGCUGGCUCUAGUUUUUUUGGGCGCCGCGGCGAUGGCGUCUUGGCUUGAGUAGUCCUGCGCCGAGCCCCCCGGACCGUCGCGGCGCGAAUCGCCGCUACCGCCCUGCGAGUACGCCUGGCCCUUCGAGU